AUGUCUGGCUAUCCUGUGCGGCCCAAUAUCCAGUCCGAUUCUCCGGCGUGGUUCACAGCGACUGACUCUCCUGUGGGGCCAACAACUCGUUUGGCUGGCUAUCCUUUGCAGCCUAUCACCCUGUAUGCAUCUUCUAUGUGGCCCACAAUCUUACCUGAAUUUUCUUUGCGGUACAACACCUUGGUUGACUCUCCUAUGCAGUACGCCACCCUGCUGGCUCUCCAGUGCGGCCCAGCUGCAUGGCUCUCAGUGCGGCCCCCCACAGUGCGGGCCUCCAUGCGGCCCAUCACCCUGUGUGGCUCUCCAGUGCGGCCUACCACCCUACGUGGCUCUCCAGUGCGGCCCAUCACCCUGUGUGGCUCUCCAGUGCGGCCUACCACCCUACGUGGCUCUCCAGUGUGGCCCACCAGCCUGCGUGGCUCUCCAGUGCGGCCCACCACCCGGCGUGGCUCUCCAGUGCGGUCCACCAGCCUGCGUGGCUCUCCAGUUGGUGGCUCUCCAGUGCGGCCCACCACCCUGCGUGGCUCUCCAGUGCGGCUGGCCAGUGCGGCCACCAGUGGCUCUCCAGUGCGGCCCACCACCCUGCGUGGCUCUCCAGUGCGGCCCACCACCCUGCGUGACUCUCCAGUGCGCCCCACCACCCUGCGAGGCUUUCCAGUGCGACCUACCGCCCUGCGUGGCUCUCCAGUGCGUUCCUCCGCCCUGCAUGACUCAACAGUGAGGCCCACUACCCUGCUUGAUUCAACUGUGUGGCUCACUGCCUAA